AUGAUCGUAUACCUAUUUAAAGUGCUUGACUUUUGCACUUCAACUGACAAAGCAAUGAUUGCAAAGAAACCAACAACGACAAUGUGGAUUUUCAUCAUGGUUGUUCUCUAUUUGAAAGGAAUUCAUGGGGAUUUGUUUCGAAUUCAUAUUAAUCGAUUUCGGCCACAAUUGUAUAAAAGCACAAAUUGUACAACAUCGAGCACAAAUAAGACGGUAUGUCGAAUGUUAUCACGUACUUUUGGAAACAUACUGGUUGAAAAAUCUUCGAUCUAUGAACUUUUAGUCAACGAAGCUGAUACUUACUUUAUCGGAACGAUUUACAUUGGUACACCCGGUCAAACAUUUUUUAUUAAUUUUGAUACAGGCUCAUCGGAUCUCUGGGUUCCAUCGAAUCAAUGUUCUUCCAAUUGCGCCCGUUUUCACAAGUAUGUUGCAGCUGAUUCUUUAACAUAUGUCUCAAAUGGAGAUUCCUUUUCAAUUACAUAUGGAGAUGGCUCUUCUGCUAAUGGAUAUUACAGUAUCGAUAGUGUAACAAUUAAUGGUAUUACUGUAGAAAGACAAAGAUUUGCUGAAUGUACGUCCAUUUCUGGUUUGAGUAAUGAUCUAUUUGAUGGUAUUCUCGGUCUUGCUUAUCCAUCGAUGACAAGUGAUGGUGAACAGCCGCUUUUCUACAACAUGUGGUCCCAAGGUCUUGUACCACAGCCAAUCUUUUCGUUUUACUUGAAUCCUGAUACAAAUGCCGGCACGAGUGGUGAACUCAUAUUUGGUGGUGUUGAUUCUAGUAAAUUUACCGGUAUGAUUACUUAUGUUCCUGUUGUCAUUGCAGGAUAUUGGGAAUUUCAAAUGACAAGCGUGAGUGUUGGAUCUACACUGAUUAGUUCAUCAACGUACGCUAUUGCUGAUACAGGCACAACAUUCAUAACUGGACCUUCAGCAUCAGUAGCAGCACUAAAUAGUGCUCUAGGUGCUACUUAUGAUUCGACUAGUGGAAUGUAUACUGUCGAUUGUUCAUCGAAUCCACUAUCAUCAUUUCCAAAUGUCACUUUCAAUAUUGGUGAUACAAUAUUUACAUUGACGCCGUCGCAAUAUUUAUUGAUUUAUGGUGAUACAUCAAGUAAUUACAUAUGUUAUAGUGCUUUCACCUCGUUAGAUCAACGCGACUCGUAUGGUAAUAGUUUCUGGAUCUUAGGUGAUUAUUUUCUCUAUCGAUAUUACGCAAUCUUUGAUAUCGUCAACAAUCAAGUCGGUUUCGCUCAAUCGAUUUCAUAUAAUUCAUAUUUUUGA